AUGGUGAAGGCAAACUACAUCCGUGCUGGCCGCCUUGUGCGCAUCCUUCGCGGUCCCAGGCAGAACCGUGUCGGUGUGAUAGUCGACAUCGUUGACGCCAACCGCGUCUUAGUGGAGAAUCCUUGCGAGCAAAAGAUGUGGCGUCACGUGCAAAACCUAAAGAACGUCGAGCCUCUGAAGUUCUGUGUCUCCAUCUCUCGUAACUGCAGCACCAAGGCACUAAAGGAGGCGCUCGAGUCGAAGAAGGUCCUUGAGAAGUACGCCGCCACAAAGUCUGCUGUCCGCAUCGCAGCCAAGAAGGCUUUUGCCGAAUCGACUGAUUUCGAGCGCUACCAACUGCGUGUUGCCAAGCGGUCUCGCGCCUACUGGGCACGCAAGAUCUUCGACGAAAACGACAAAAAGAACCCCGUCUCGUGGCACAAGGUUGCACUUAAGAAGCUUCUCAAGAACGCUAAGAAAGUGGACAGCACGCCAGCUGCCAAAAAGCGUGUCGAGAAGGCCCGUGCUGCACGCAAGGCCAGGGUUGCUUCCGGCAAGACAAAGGCGAAGUCCACCGCUGGUAAGAAUUAG